AUGGACACCGCGGCACAGAUGCCAGUGCAGGGCCUUCCCAGUCUCUGCCACAGGGAGGGACCGUUCCUGGGCCAGGUCCUUCUCUUUAGCCCCGGCUGGCUCCUGCCGUCUGGGCCUAAAGUGGCCUGGCAGGUUCUCCAGGUGGCAGGGGAGCUCGUGCAGGGUCGGGAACAGCUUGUUCCAAGCAGUGUCCUGGCCUGUGCUCACAAUCCAGGCUCAGCAUGCUGUGGGAACCUGGCAAGGUGGGCUUGUCCUUCCUGUGUCCCCAGGCAUGACCUGGAGCAUCCAGAUGAGAAGGAAAGUCACCUUCUCUCGGGUUAA